AUAGGCAGAAGUGCAAGCUUCAGAGAAUGCUGGCAGGACGCGGCUGGACCAUAUAUAGACAAAUGCUGGCUCUCGAGCCGCGUCCUGCAGCUCUUCUUCCUCCUCCUCCUCCUCCUCCUCCUCCUGCCAUCUCUCUGCUUUUGGAAAAGACUGCCUUUACUUGGGCUCACCGUCUAUUUUUCGAAGGCUUUUAGGGACGGCUUCCAAGUUCAGCGAGAAGUCCACGCGCCCUGAUGGCGGCAGCAUUCACAACGCCUCCCAGGUGCGCGGCGCUGCGCCCGUCGUACAACUCUCCGAGACUCAUCAACGUCGAGCGCUUUGACCCGAACUCGGCGUUCAACUCGCCGAAGGGUCACAUCGAUAGGCUAGCGCCUACUCAGGCUCCCACUUCGCCUUUCAACUCAGCGCAUGAUCAUGUGCACUCCAAAUGCGUCAUAAGUUCCACCAUGUAUGCCAGCAGCACCACAUCAGACUUGCCAUCUAUGCACCACAUGCUCAACACUCCCAGGUCGACCGCCACGUCCUCCUCGGCUUCUCCAUCCCCAGGUGUGACCUUCCGAAGUACCCCUUCAGAAGAAGGUACUGAUGGCGGGAGAAACAAGGACCACGGAUCACCGUAUUCUCUGCAGAAUAUCUCGAUUGGAAGCAAUGGCUUCAUGGGAUGGACCGGGUUCGGUCAGAGUAUUGCGGCGAAGCACUUGCGCAUAGCGAACAAGAGUAGCUGCAACUCGGACGGCUCGCCUCUUUCGCCCAAAUCGAAGCCCAAGCCGACGCUGCAGCGCAAGCGCUCCCCUCAGCCACUCUUCCUCACUGCCCAUCUGUCGUCGGCCUCACCCCGAGUACCAGGCGACCGAACAGUGGUAGCCGUCAACGGCCCCACGACACCCUUGUCCGCUAUCUCUGCAGGCUUGAUGCUUCGGCCCAGCACAUUUGAUGACAGCGACGACGAGGACGGGGAGCGCCUACUGGACUUUGAAACCAGCCCGACAGCCGCGACACGUCUUGGCAGUAGGCUUCUGGCUUCGGCUAGCCGAAGAUUCAUGCGCUCCACACGUGACUUGCAAGGCGGUCUCAGCACGAGCAGCAGCAGUGGGGGGGCAGACGAUGAACACAGAGAUGCAAGCCUGCCCUUCGAGAAAGAUCAGAGCGGCAGAAAGCGUGCCUUGAGCAUCGAAGGCACGCGCCGCUCCUUCGAAACUGCACGUGCAUCGGCUGCAAAGCUCUUCCCAUUCACCCGUCCGACACGUGCACGUGCUGCAGCGGGCCAUGCUGGACCCAGAAGGCGCAGUGCUUCUGCCGAUCCCACUGUAUCCUCCACCAGCCUCCCUCUUAGCAGCCCAGUCUCGCUCUCUCCUGCACAGACCAGCAGCGAGGGACAUACCUUUUCGUGCAGUGCAGUCGCUAGCAACCAUUCUCGCUCUUGCUCGUCUUCCGCAGCAUCAUUAACAAAGGCAACCUCACGCAGCGCGUUCACGGGCACCGGCGCAGGCGUCGUACGCCGCCCCGACGAGGCUUUCUUUCCCAAUGAGAACGUAGAGGAGAACCGCAGCUCGAGUAUGGACUGCGAUACUGAUUCGGAGGAGCUGUUGAUCAAAAAGAAUCAGGCGUUGCCUCGCGCAAGGCUAUGGACCACCGUCGCCAUGUCUCCAUACUCUUCGGGUCGCGCCCUUCCCAAUUCGCCCGACCUGCCUCCUCCCCCUUCCAAGCUCUCAGUGUUGCCGUCGGCCUCAGAGAGCGCAGUGAGCGCGCUCGUGUCGGCACCAACCUACAAACCAUUGCGACCGCGCCGGCCUAGCGAAGCUGUGCGUCUAACCCAGGCGCCGGCAGCCGAGGAGCGUCGUAUGCGCCGGCCAGGCGUUGCACCUCGCCCGACCAUGCGUCGCUUGCCUCCGCGCAAGCAGAGACCGUCCAAGGCCCUACCGCCUCUGCCUGGCAUCCCUACGCAACAAGCACGCUCCUCACCGAUCGAAGAGUGUGAUGAAGCCUCCGUACAGCCGGACAUGGAGGGCUGUGACGAGCAACUUGAGGCCAGACUCGCUGAAGACUCCCUCCUGACCUUACAACAAGACUCCGACUUUGCCGUUGGUGCGCUCAUGCGCACUGCUGCCCAGCUCUGCCCAGCGUCCUCGCGUCAGAUCAAGUUUCUCCCUGUUCCCCAAGGAGUGCGAAGGCUGGACUACGAACAUGACAGCGGUGAGCUCAUCAUGAUCGCGCUGGUCGUCGGCGACCGCACCUUCCAUGCACCAAGUGCAUCUCUGUGCGGGAUGGAGCAUCGCCCAUUCACCGGUCGUUUUGCCCAGUACAUUCGUAACUGCCUGCACGAAGCUCGCUGGCUUACCGCCAAUUUUGACCCGGAGUCUACACGCGCACAAAGAAGGCCAUCCAACCCCUUCAGCGCGGGCGCAUGGGUCGACAGCUAUCUCGAGAUGGACAUUGACGAUGAAGAGAUGCCUGUUGAGAAAGCUUGGCCCGAGUCUGAGCCUGGCACGCCUGAUCGCAAGCAAAUUGCUCGGGCUCGGGUGCCUGCCAAGCGGCCUUCCCUCGCCUCAACCUGGCAAGCCUUGGAAGGGCAACGGGAGAGCACUAUCGCCGAGAGCGUGUUUUGCACCCCACAUCGCUAUCAGCCGAAUCAUCCAAUCAUUGUGGAACUCUUUCUGGACCGCCCUUCGGGUAUUUAUGAACUGCUUCUAUGGACCCUGCGUGAAGCACGCUUGCCUUCAGCAUUGCGCAGAGGAGGUAUUGCAAAUAACACGGACCUACAAGUACAGAUCUUAGCUGCGUUACGGGAGGAGGCUGUCUUCCUUGGCUACAGCCAUCUCGUCGCCAUGGUAGAUGCGGAAACAGCAGACCUGUCGAGUUAGGGUCUGCAUGUAUUGAAACAUUAGACAAUGCUUUACAUCAAAGGGUGUGCGAGAGACUAAAGGGAAGCAAGGGUACGUUGCUUGCUUGUAUUAGUGAGAUGAUUGCAAAAUGCAGUAACAAUCAAUAUUCGUAUCUCUGCCGCUUGCUGGAAGGAGGUUCUUCAUCCCGGACGCGAAGCGUCGCUGGCCUGUAAGAUUCAUGCGAGUCG